AUGGCGUUCCCCUCCCUGGAGGUCGCUGAUGCAGAGGCUGUUGGGGUGGAGCUCAACCGGCUGCAAAACGUGGUGGUCACGCUUGACAAGGUCAAGCUGUGCCUGAGCAAGCAGGGCCCCGGCGCGCGCGACCCGGUGCUGCAGCUGAUGACGUCACAGGAGGUGGCCGACCACCUGUGGGACGGGGACCGCAGCGUCGCACGCAGGGCCAUAGUGGGGGCCGCGGCGCAGCUGGCCAGCCCAGAGGUGGCCCGGCUGGCGCAGCGCUGGCAGCUGAAGCGCGCGGCCAAGGCGGCCGAGGCGGAGGGGGAGGCGGGGGCGGACUACCUCGGACUGCUGAAGUUGGCGCGGCAGGCCGCGGGCGGCGCCGACGAGGCGCGCAAGCUGAUCCUGGACCUGGAGUCCCGCCUGAGGGCCUUUGACGUGGCGGGCAGGGGGCGCCACACCAGCAUGGCCGACAUCCUGCACCUGCACGGCCGCACACAGGUCUGGUUCUACCACACCCCGAACCUCUCUGGCUUCAAGUCCCCCCCGGUGGCCCUCCACGAGGACAUGCUCAAGCUGCACGCAUCACUCAAG